CCCGACUGCCCCACCUGGACCGACCUGACAACUGUCCCUGGGCCCACUGUCUUCUUAGGCCACGGAGGGCUGAACCAGCUGGGCGGGGCCUUUGUGAACGGCAGACCGCUGCCGGAAGUGGUGCGUCAACGCAUCGUGGACCUGGCCCACCAGGGUGUGAGGCCCUGCGACAUCUCCCGCCAGCUCCGAGUCAGCCAUGGCUGUGUCAGCAAGAUCCUCGGCAGGUACUACGAGACUGGCAGCAUCCGACCUGGAGUGAUAGGGGGCUCCAAGCCCAAGGUGGCCACCCCCAAGGUGGUGGAGAAGAUUGGAGACUACAAGAGACAGAACCCUACCAUGUUUGCCUGGGAGAUCCGAGACCGGCUCCUGGCUGAGGGCGUCUGUGACAAUGACACGGUGCCCAGCGUCAGCUCCAUCAACAGAAUCAUCCGGACCAAAGUGCAGCAACCAUUCAACCUCCCCAUGGACAGCUGUGUGGCCACCAAGUCCCUGAGCCCGGGACACACGCUGAUCCCCAGCUCAGCCGUAACACCCCCAGAGUCACCCCAGUCGGAUUCUCUGGGCUCCACCUACUCCAUCAAUGGGCUCCUGGGGAUUGCUCAGCCUGGCAGCGACAGCAAGAGGAAAAUGGAUGACAGUGACCAGGACAGCUGCCGGCUGAGCAUCGACUCCCAGAGCAGCAGCAGCGGGCCCCGCAAGCACCUUCGCACCGACGCCUUCAGCCAGCACCACCUCGAGCCACUCGAGUGCCCAUUCGAGAGGCAGCACUACCCGGAGGCCUACACCUCCCCCAGCCACACCAAAGGCGAGCAGGGCCUGUACCCGCUGCCCUUGCUCAACAGCGCCCUGGACGACGGGAAAGCCACCCUGACUCCUUCCAAUACACCCUUGGGGCGCAACCUCUCUACUCACCAGACCUACCCCGUGGUGGCAGAUCCUCAUUCACCCUUCGCCAUAAAGCAGGAAACCCCCGAGGUGUCCAGUUCUAGCUCCACCCCUUCCUCUUUAUCUAGCUCCGCCUUUUUGGAUCUGCAGCAAGUCGGCUCCGGGGUCCCAGCCGGUGCCUCGGUCCCGCCCUUCAAUGCCUUUCCCCAUGCUGCCUCCGUGUACGGGCAGUUCACGGGCCAGGCCCUCCUCUCAGGGCGAGAGAUGGUGGGGCCCACGCUGCCCGGAUACCCACCCCACAUCCCCACCAGUGGACAGGGCAGUUAUGCCUCUUCUGCCAUCGCAGGCAUGGUGGCAGGAAGUGAAUACUCUGGCAACGCCUACAGCCACACCCCCUACUCCUCCUACAGCGAGGCCUGGCGCUUCCCCAACUCCAGCUUGCUGAGUUCCCCGUAUUAUUACAGUUCCACAUCAAGGCCAAGUGCACCGCCCACCACUGCCACGGCCUUUGACCAUCUGUAGUUGCCAUGGGGACAGUGGGAGCCACUGAGCAACAGGAGGACUCGGCCUGGGACAGGCCCCAGAGAGUCACACAAAGGAAUCUUUAUUUAUUACGUGAAAAAUAACCACAAGUCCAGCAUUGCGGCUCACUCCCUGUGUGGUUGAUUUAAUGAACCGUGAAAGACAGGAUGACUUUGGAGAAGGCCAAACUGUCCUCCAAGACUCCUUAAUGAGGGGCAGGAGUCCCAGGGAGAGGGAACCGUCCCAUUCCGAAAGAGACAAAAUUGGAGGAGAAAUGUGGCGAGAAGAAGGAACAGCCGAGGAGCUUGAGAGGGACGACACAUGGGUCCCUCGAUGGGCUUAGGGACGCACCAAGGCGCCUUUGUGGCUCUGUCAUCAACACACUCUAGCAGUCAUGGCUGUACGCACUUCCGUCCAGCUCAUGAGCCACAGCCGGGUGCGGAGCCUCCACCCCACAGCCACCCUGAGAGUCACCUCCCACCUGCCCCAGAGCUGAGGCUCUGGUUGGCCACCUUCUGGACUCAAGCUUCCUUGGCUCUUUCUGCAUCUCCCUCUUGGCCAUGGGCUGAGGGCUGGGUCGAGUCAACCAGAAGCUCCACCUAGUGGUCGACGGCCCUUCCUUUUGCCUGCUGCUGUGCAUGUAGGAGCACACCUCCGGUUCUCCUGCCAUGGAUCACCCCUUUGGCAGCUGCCGUCAGCCAGCCCAGCCUAUUACAGCUUGAGACAGACAUUCCGAAGGGUCCCUGGCUCCUGGGGGGUGAAGUGCAGCCCUGCCCAAGGCAGAACAAGGCAGAAUUGCUGGAGACCCGCUUCCCUCUCCCCGCAGCCCCUGCCAAGCCAAGUGUGCUUCCUGCAGCCCAAGACCACAGCAACCGAAGAGACCCUGAGGCAGCCCCCUGAAGCCAGCAUCGGAGGUUCCCUCUCUGGCCCCCUGCAGCUCCUGCCCCCAAGGCCUGUCUGUAAAUACUGUAAAUGAAGCUCUGUUUGGGUCAAGCUUCCCUCUCUCCACCCCCAGACUUUGGCUUCUCAGUGAAUUGUCUCCCUGCCAUGUGGGCUUCUCUCCUGAUGUUUCUUUCUUUUUUUUUAAAGACAACCCACCAUUGCCACAUGACUCAAUAAACCAUUACUCUUCAUUUCAGGCUUUGGGGUUGGCUGGGGAAGGAAGCACCCCGGGGUGGGGCUUUCUCCAGAGAACCUCCGAGCCUAGUGGCCAAUGAGCUUACUUUGGGGCCAGGAGUUGAAAGGACCAUCUACUGCCCAGGAGCCCGACCUAGAUUCGCCCUCUGCCCUUAACAGAUGUUUGACGCCGGGCAAACCACUUAUCCCAAGCUUAGAUUUCUCCAACUCUGAGUAAAUGUGAGGAGAAAAUCAGUACGUGGCACGGUGCAGGCCAAUCGUAGACUCCCCACCAGUCGUUGCCGUUGUUAUUAACAGGAAGCCAGAGAAUCAGCCGGGAGGGUUGGUGAAAGAUCCAGGAAGAGCUACAAACUGGAGCCCACCUGCACAGCUCCCCCCAUGGUGUGAAGGGAGAAGACAUUGACUGGGCUCUGCUGUGUGCCGGGUGCCGCGU